UAGCACCUACUAAAUCGCUUAUAUAGGUAGUUAAGUAAUUAUAGUUAGGUGUACCCAUGUUUAAGACAAAUUUGAACACGUCCUAUCGAUUGUUGAUAAGUAUUUAAUAAUUUUAGCUAACCAACUAAAAGUUUUUAAUUUGGUAAUGAACAAUUUAUUUAAUUAUAAUACACCUAGGUUGUACUAUUUUUGUUUUUAAAGGUAUGUAUUCUAUAGGUACUGUUUACAAUAUUUUCCAGUUUUCCAUACUAAGUCUGACUAAAUAGAUAGCUAAAAUGAUAGUUUGUUUAGUGUGUAUAAUAUGGUAUACGGUAGGGAUUAACAUGCGUCAAACAGUGUUAAAACUAUAAACUAAAAACUUUAGAUUGAUCAAGCAAAAUAUAAGUUUACUAUGUCAGUAUAUUAUAUAUAACUUAUACAGUUUAUUAUUAUUUUGACGAAAUUUGAGAAGGUAAUGAUUAAAAACAAAAACAAAUAUACAGCCCUGAAGCGAUAUUGGGGCGGUUAAAUAUAAACAGAAAUAAAAAACACUGAGAAUACAUGCGUAUUAUAAACGUUUUAAGCUUAAUCCACCUAGUUUAUGGCAUAGAUGAUAAAAAAACCUUUUACGGUAACAUGAUCUUCUGAGACGUUAUUGUUUUGGGCAGAACCCGUAUAUUAUAACAGCUAUUCCAAAAUAUAUAAAUACCUAUAUAAAAAUAUACGGUCCGAGGAUUCACUACAAAAUAAUAAUAGGUAUAAUGUGACUAGCUUAGCUAUUUUUUUCCCUACAGUUACGGUAGUAUUUGUUAUUAUAGUCCAUGUAUAUCGAAAAUCAGAACUUUUCAGGUAGGUACCUAUUUUUACGACGUUGAGACCCAAAAAUACUAUCCAAAAUCCAUCUUUGAUUCCAUACACCUUUGUCUUACAUAAAUUAUGAAUAUUAUAUUUCAAGUAGACCAAAUGAGCCGUCCAGCCGUAUUAUAUUGAAAUUUUUUUUCCAAUUGUUUUUCUUUAUAGGUAUAAUAAUAUAUUGAUGUUCAACAAGUUGCAUGAAAAAAUACUUGUUUUUAUUUGGAAAUAGGUACAUUGUUUUAAAUAUUUAAUUCAUAUUCGUUAAAUACGCUAAAAUAAUAAUGAAAAGAAGUAAAUAAUAAUCAUGGUAUAACUAAUAUUCUUGACGGUUCUGUCACUGGACAGCCUCCUCCCCAUAAAUAUAUUAUCGUGUAAAUAUUCUCCAUCGUAUUUAUUCUAUUUGAUUAUUGUACAUAAUAUUUUGAUAGAGAUUGAAAAUUUUUUUUUUUUUAAAAAAAUCCAAUAUUAUAGUACAAAACUUUUAAACUCCGUUCUGAAUCGUUUUUUGUAUGAUUUGCAUUUACAAUAGUUGACAUUUUUUUACCUUGUUAAAUCCAUUGAAAAAUAUCUUCAUGUUGCUGAACGAUUUUAGACCAUUUUGUAGCACGAUUUUUUAGACAACUCAUGGUUAUAUAAAAAAAAAAAACCAACUCGAAUGGAUAAAUCAUGUGCAGAAGAGAAACAGAUUCGUAUAUGCAACGACUUUGGGGACAACGUAAGUUUGAAGAAAAAUAAAUAGAUAGAAAAAUAAAUAAAUAAAUAAGCAUAAUUUAAUAAUAAUAUCAGGUUAGUUGUCACUGCAAGUGGUACAGUGAUCGAUCAAAACGUUUUGUCUAAAACAAGAUUAUGGCCAGUUUCACCCUUGUAUUUUGGAUUUCUAGUCAGUUGUUUCAUCCAGGAACAUGCUAAAAGUAUUUUCGGUCCCAUUUGGCUAUCAAAGUUAUAAUUCUUGAAAAAUAAAUAUCAUAAUAUAAUAUUAUUCUUUAAUUAAACAUUAAAUUUGUUGUCUGAGAAAUUAAAAGUAUAAAAUGGUAAACACUAAACGAGCCCAAUUACAAAUUCUAACAUUUGGUUCAACAAGUAACAGCCCUACACAUUCAUAGAUUACAGACUACUUGAAAAAAAAAUACAUAAAUCAAAAUUUAGUUUACUUAGCCGGAAAGAAAUGUAUAUUAUAUCAUUUGGCGUAUAUAGGUAGGAGAUCUGACAUGAACUAGACAAAUUAAUGUGUUUUAAGUUCCAGCCAUGUGAGCUAAAUUUUGAUUAAUGUUCCGUACAUACCUACAUUUUUUUGUACUUACCCUGUGAAUACUGGAUGAGUACUUGCUUGAAAAUUAAGUUUCAAUCAGAUUUUAUAGUUUAAUGCCACAUACAUAAUACACCAGUCAUUAUUAGAUACUGAUAAUACAUAACUGGUACAUUAUUUACAUAAAAAAGCAUGCUAUUUCUACCUGAUAUCGAUUCAUAUGUUAUAUAUAUGUGUUAGAAAGUGCACUGUUUAUAUUAAAUUAAAAAAAGUUUCGAUCUCCAUUUAUGAGGGAUAAUGGUAGUUUCUGGUAUUGCGAAUUGGAUCUAGUAUUUAUUCUUCAAUAAAAACUCUUCCUCAUAGUUUUCAAAAUAAAAAAUCCUCGAAUAAAAAACAAACAGUAAAUAUUUUAGUCUCAUCAGUUUUUGAUAAAUGCAAUUUUGUUUUUUAGUUAUUAUUCAAAAAUAAAUAACCCUGAGAUACGGUUUUACUAUUUACCGCCUCAAUGCGGCAGAUAGUGGAACAGCGUGGUAUCAUCACUCCGCAUAGUACAGUUAAUUUUAAUUUUAACAAUCAAGAUAUAAAAAUGUAGUACAUGAUUCCACAUAAAUUCUUAUUGCUUGAAUUAAAAACAGUCCAACAUGGGUCUAGGCCAAAAUAGCGAAACAAUUAACCGCGAAUGUAAAAAUGGCGAAUCGAUAAUAGCGUAAAUAAAAACAGCGAAUUUUGAAAUAAGCGAUAAUGCUUAAUAACGAAACUUAAAAUUAUAUAUCAUUUUAAAUAUCUCGCAGGGAAAUAAUUUUAGGACAAAACCCUAUGCAGGUAGGUCACAAUAAUAUCGUUAUACCUACUGAUAUCGUCAAUAUGCUAUCUUAAUUAUUAUUUAACUUAUACAUAUACUAAUGAGAAUAAGAACUUCAUAAAAGGUAUAGCAUAUAAUUUGUCACUGAAUGUCUAAAUAUAAUUAUAUUUAAAUUGAAUAUAAUUAUUUUAUUUAAAAUUAUUAUUAUUGCUACUAUAAAUACUUAUUAUUAGAACUUAACGAUAUUAUAAUUAUAAUGAAUGUAUUCAAAAAAUAUAUAAGAGACAAAUAAACACUAAAUAUAAUGAUUUUUCAUUUAUAUUCCAUGAUCACUCCAUAUUUUAUUGUAUGCUUUACUUUUUUAAAUUUAUUAAUCUCAUUUAUAAGCUAUUUUUAUCCAUUUUUUAUUGUAACAAAUAUGUUUGAUUUUUACACUGUGUCAUAUAAGCAACCCGACAGACAGAUGUUUCUCUUUUCACUAUUAUGUAUUUUCGCUCUUUUUUACAAUUCGCUAUUUUUAUUUACGCUAUUAUUAAUUCGCGAUUUUUUCAUUCGCGGUAAUUGUUUCGCUAUUUUGGCCGGAUACCGUCCAACAUACCUAUAACAACAUUUAUUUUUUACGAGCGUUUGAUGACAUUGAAUAUUCCAACGUAAAAUAACGAUUUUUGUUAUUUUGUCAUAAGUCAAAAGGUUUCAAUCAAAAAAAAUGGAAACAUUCAUUCCCCAUUACUUAACUUGAAAUUUGAAAUUUUAUAAAUUAUUUACAUUUUAUAUUUUUAUAAAUGUUGAUUAAAAUGUAUUCUCGGUCAAAAAGGUUGAUAAUAUAUUAUAAGUAUAAUAUAAUAGGUUUCACAUAAAAUGUACUUUUAACAACUAUUAUUAUUCAAACGAAAGAAAUGUGUGCUACAACUUUUAUCCCCAAAAAAUACGAAAAAUAAACGUUUCCUACGUUACAAAGAGAGCCGUUUAAUUUUGUUUGUUGCAGUUGAGUGUUACAUUUGCCAUCUAGGUAAAUUCUAUCAAUUAAUUAAAAUUAUUAUCGGCAUAUUCAAUUUCUAUAAUGUUUCAUCAUUUAUUUCUAGGAAUCUUCCACCCUUGUCAAUUUCAGCUUUAAGGUUCUCGAAUAAAAUCAUUGUUUAGUCGGAUAUAUAGUGUGGCGCUUAAGACAUCGAAUCUUGGGGUAAAACUGUGAAAGUAAUCCAAACGACCGAACUUCAGUUGAAAAAUUAUGAUAGGUAAUCUACGAUAUGUCGAUAUAAUAUGGUGCGUGACUAUAAUAUUAUGUUAAAUAUACUUAUAAAAUAUGGAAACAUUCGAAGCCGUUACUAAAUGUAAACGAUUCGUGUUACCAAGAGUUUUAAAUAUUAUAUUAUAGGUACAGUGCUAACCUAGGUACAUAAUAUUUAUUAUAUUGGUAUUUCUAUUUACUAUUGUAAGUUAAUUUUGUCAUUUUAUACCACACUGUAUAGUAUUGAUUUGAGACUCAAGUGACCCCAAAACACGUAAUGUGUAUAACAAUUCGAAUUAGGGUCGGAGAAACGACCCACCCCUUCAUCCUUUAACGCUUCAAAAAUAAAAAUAUAUUUCAUGACAUUUUUUUAAAGCCUGCGUGUUUCAACUACAGAUAAACUGCAAUAAUAAUAAUCGGCGCGUUAUACUUUGGCGAUUACUAUAUACAGUUUGACGGACAUGUGCAAAUCAUGCUCGUCGUUGGACUACAUGGCUACAGCGGCCGUCAUGCAGUUGGCGGCCAUUUUUGGUAUGGUCGUUGGCAUGACGGCCCGGUUCUGGUGGACGCAGCAGACGGCCGAGACCAGACAACUGUACUCGGCCGUGGUCUGGGAGAACCGCCUGUACGUCGGGCUGGCGGUGGCUUGCUGUCUGGGCAUAUUUGGGGCGUUCCUGUGGCACCACACGGAACUGGAGCCGUGGACAGGCAGUCGGCGGUUGUUCCUGUUCAAUGGCCAGAUGCUGAUGAGACAGGCAGAGCGUGAGGCACAGGAAUUGCUGGAGUUGACGCGCUCGAGCCAGCUGGACACCGCGCACCCCGUUUACAUGCGCGUGGCCGACGUGACAUCCCGGCUGUUGGCCGCCAACUCCGGGGUGGACGCGAUCCGUGACCGCCAGUGGACCGUGGUGGUGGUGGACGGCCCGACCGUCAACGCCAUCGUCGAGCCCAAUGGGUUGGUGCUGGUGUACGUCGGGCUGACGUCCAUGGCCAACGACGAUCAGCUGGCGAUACUCAUCGGCCAUGAGUUGGCGCACUGCUUGCUCAGGCACGCCAACCAGCUCAGCAGCAUCAGGUUCGUGAUCGCCGCACUGUGCCUGGUUCCCGUGAUCCCGGUAAUCUGGGCCCUGCUGCCGUUCGGUUGGAACAUAUUGGCACACCUGUAUUGGUUAGCCUUCUUAAUGUUGUGCGUAGUAUUGCCGUGCGUCCGGUCAUGCGAGAUUGAGGCCGAUCGGGUCGGAAUGGAGCUGGCCGCCAAAGCGUGCGUGGACGUCAAGCAGGGCUACCGGUUCUGGGACGCCAUGGCUGUGAUAGACAGCCGACCUAAACUGUUAUGGCUGCUGUCCAUGCACCCGACCAACGAAAGUCGGUCCCGACACUUGUUCAGCUUGAUACCCGUGGCCAUGGAGAUCCAGAGACAGGCUGGCUGUUAGGGCCCAACGGACUUUCCCACCCCCUACGACCAAAAUGUUCCGGAGCGCCUACUCAACGGUAGAGGUUGGGAAGUAUACGAAAGAAUACAGCGAGAUGACAAACCCACAGAUCGACGACACACGGGUAUCCGGUUGUACCAAUAUAUAUACGUAUAUGCAUGAGCGAGAAUACUGCAGACUUUCGUAACAACGACCCAGCUCUUUCCCACCAGCACCAAUGCUACUACAACUAUUAUCACCGGUUGGUGAUAACUUCAAAGACGCCUCUGCUGCUUCGACAGGCAGAACGAAAACUUUGACGAUAGGAAUUUAACAAAAGUGUUCCGUCACAAUAAGAGUUAUUACGGUUGUUGUCGGUCGCAAAACCACGCCAAAGAAGAUUCGUUUUCUAAAUAAACUACGUUUCACUGUAAUCAAUAUAAUAUAUAACCUAUAUAUUUUGUUUUAUAUUUUUAUUAUUAUGUAUUUCAUAUUUUUGAUUUUGAUACCAAACGUUACACGCAGCUGAUAUUCGUGUGAAUUUAUAUUUUUAAUACUGUUAUUGUGGAAUAUAAUUACAAAAAUGCAUAAUAUUAAAAUGUCA